AAUUAAUCGAAACCCAUUUACAUAAUACAAAUUCUUGUUUUACCAUCCUUACUAGUCCAACCCAGACUACUAAUUUACUCCCCAAAAAAAAUAUAAAAAUAAAAAAGAAGAAGAAGAAGUUUUUUGAAAACUAACAAGAGUGGGUACCGGCGGUGCGACGAUCACUCUGUCUUUUAUGCGGUGGUUCCGUCAAUGCUAUGCUACUUUCUUUGCGCAAUGCAAUUGUAUCCCUGUCAAACAAACACCAAAACUUCAAACAAUGGAAACAAAUUCAAUCCAUCAUCAUCACCCAUGCUCACUAUUCAUUCCAAGACGCCAUUUUCCUCACCAAACUCAUCCAAUGCGCACCAUUCUCUCAAACUCAAUCUUCCUCUCUUCGCCUUCUCCUCAACGCAAUUCACACUCCCAACACUCGUUUCUUCAAUAAACUCAUUGCGUCUUUCUCUAUCUCCUCCCACCCUCAGAUAACUCUUCUCUGUUACGCAAAAAUGCGAGAAAAGGGUGUUGAACCAGAUAAACAUACCUUCCCUUUGCUUCUCAAGAUGUUUUCAUUCUCCAAGAGUGUUGUAGUUCAUGACCCUUUUAUGAUUUACGCUCAAAUUUUUAAACUUGGGUUUGAUCUCGAUUGUUUUGUAUGUAAUGCUUUGAUUUCAGCUUUUGGGUAUUCCGGGUUCAUGAAAAGUGCGUGCCAAGUGUUUGAUGAAAGUCCUGAGAAGGAUAUUGUCGCUUGGACUGCUUUGAUCAAUGGGUAUGUUAAAAAUGAACUUCCUGGUGAGGCACUCAAGUGUUUUGUGGAGAUGGGAUUUAAGGGUGCUGUGAUUGAUGGUGUUACUGUUGCUAGUAUUUUACGUGCUGCUGCGAUGACGGGUGAUUAUUGUUUUGGAAGGUGUGUUCAUGGGUUUUAUGUGGAAGCAGGGAGAGUGAGAUUGGAUGGUUCUGUUUAUUGUGCUCUUGUGGAUAUGUACUUCAAGUGCGGUCAUUGUGAAGAUGCAUGUAAAGUGUUUGAUGAAAUGCCUUAUAGAGAUGUAGUUUCUUGGACUGUGGUUGUGGCUGGUUUUGUACAGUGUAACAAGUACCAAGAUGCACUUUGUGCCUUCCGGAGCAUGUUGUUAGAUGAUAUUAUGCCGAAUAAAUUUACACUGACGAGUGUUCUUAGUGCUUGUGCUCACUUAGGGGCAUUGGAUCAAGGAAGGUUGGUGCAUCAAUACAUAGAGUGCAAUGAGGUUAGUCUGAAUGCAGUGCUAGGGACAGCGUUGGUGGAUAUGUAUGCGAAAUGCGGGUGCAUCGGUGAAGCUUUAGGGGUAUUUGAAAACUUGCGAGCCAAGAAUGUGCACACUUGGACGGCAAUGAUUAAUGGGUUAGCUGUGCACGGGGACGCCUUAGGAGCAUUGAAUGUCUUUUCAUGCAUGUUGGAAAGUGGUCUUCAACCUAAUGAAGUUACCUUCCUUGGUGUUCUUGGUGCAUGUUCUCAUGGAGGUUUUGUAGACGAGGGGAAAAGGCUAUUUGAAUUGAUGAGACGUACUUAUCAUUUGAAGCCAAACAUGGAGCAUUAUGGAUGCAUGGUUGAUCUCCUCGGUCGAGCUGGAUAUUUGGAAGAUGCCAAACAAAUUAUUGAUAAUAUGCCAAUGAAGCCUAGCCCUGGUGUAUUGGGUGCUUUAUUUGGUGCCUGCCUAAGCCACAAAGAUUUCGUAAUGGGUGAACAUAUAGGGAAAAUUUUGGUUAAUCUACAACCGAACCACAGCGCUGGAUAUGCACUCCUGGCAAACUUGUAUUCAAUGUGUCGAAACUGGGAAGCAGCAGCUCAGGUCAGGAAGCUCAUGAAAGGAAUGCAGGUUGAAAAGACUCCAGGAUAUAGUUGGAUAGAAGUGGCCGGCUUAAUUCACGAGUUCAAAGCAUUUGAUCAUUCACAUAACGAAUUAUCUGGUGUUUACUUGAUGUUGGAGAAUUUAAUAUCGCAACUGAAACUGGUCGAUCAAGAUCAAUGGAGUGAAGACUUUGGCUUGCGUUCAACAAUGAUGUGGGCUGAGCCUUAAGAAGACUACGAUGCUUCUAGUGAUUUAAUAUUACAGCUCUGGUGCAUGAUUGGGUUAGCUGUGAAAGAGCGAUUAUUUCAAUUAAAUGAUUGGAUGGGAGAGGGAGAAACGUGCAGAUGGCAUGGUGAACUGGCAAAGUAAUUGACUAGUUUCAAGUGAUCAAACAGCUCUGCAUUACUAUGUAUUUGAACUACUUGUUACAUCUGGGAAGUUGGCCCAAAUUUGCAUGCAUAGUUAAAAGAAACAUUAAUGAUUAAUCUACAUUAAGUGCCCCUGAUCUUUUGCAUAACCUCUAGUGGAAGAAAAAUCUAGAGAUUUUGAAGCCAGAAGUCUCAUUUAUUGUGAAGAUGUGAAUCUUGGAUGAUAAAAAUGCUGCAGUUGACAAUUAAGAGCUAUGUAAUUAUGUCCUGUUGAAUAGUGUUAAAAGAUAUGAAUAUAUCUAAUAUCUUAAUAUUAUAUCGCAGACUAUCUUAGAUUUUAUCGCAAGAUUAGUUUCAUAUUUGUUGUUAUUAUCAUAAUUUGUUUCGCUAUUUAA